CACAAUUAGAAUUUGAUUCUUCAAUUAAUUUUGCAAUGCCAGAUUUUAUCUGCGGUAGAAAGCGGUCUAAACCUUGUUUGCGAAUGACUCUUUCGUUCUUUCACACACGUACUUAUCUAUAUAUCCUAAGAUAUCAUAUAAUAUCUAUUUUUAAUUAUUUGAUAUGGAUUGCCGUUGGGUAUUGCAAAUGAAAUCAGUGUCGUUCUCCGCGUCGCGACGGUGAGCCGCUAAAGAAGAGUCGUGGGCGCGUUACGGUACUUGAAAGAUGUACCGAGAAUCGUAAUUAAUACUCUUCAGUAUUAAUUUUCGUGGCGACAUUUUAACGAAGUAUUUAAGAUCUGUUUCUCAAUCCCUAGACUUGAGUGACGAGCGAACGAACGGGCGAUCGGAGGGAGACUCGUCGCCUUAAGGCAGCGCGAAGGCGCUCGGACUUAAAUUUUCUCACAAUUUGACAAGUCGAAUCCUGCCGGCAAUCGAAACGUAGUAGGCCUGGCGACACAUGGAUCUGUAGGAAUCGAGGAGGAGAGGUUCGCCAGGGAGGAAAACGACUUUGCGUUCUCGAGCUCGUCGCUCGAGUUUUAUACGAGCGGACUGUCACAUGCUUCGAGCAGCGAUAACGAGGCACUGUCGUCGUGAGCGGCGCGAGAGCAAGUCGACAAGAUAAGAAUUGCCAGUGGCGGUAGAUCGGAUUCGUUCUGACCAUCGCCGUUGUAGCAGCUUCGCGGGUUCGGCGGUACCGGUGGUGGUUUAUCGGUAGCCGCUGGCAGAGGCGACAGCGGCGGCAGCGACGGCAGUGAUUGUUAUCGGGGAGCCUGUUAGAUCCGGGGUUACCGCUCUCCAUCGUUUCGUGAAGGCUCCCCGAGGCUCCCGAGCUUCCCCGCGGAAGGCUACGAACUGGUGGUCAAUCGCGAAUACGUGGGGAUGUUAUGUAAGCCAUACUCGCGCUCGGUAAACACAUUCGACACUCCCGCGUCGGGAUCGGAUUUGCGAGGCGCCGCAAUGUUGCACAGUCGCGAUGGUCUGAUCGCAAAAACAUUGAUUAAAUGAAGUCGAGUAAAAUGCUCUUUUUUUUAAGUUGUGGUCUAUUGAUUCGUUUUCGCAAAGCGUUUGAAUUAAAAUGUCACUGAGACGCCGUUUCUCUUUGUAUGUCACGUAUAUAAUGUCCGUUCUCCCCGACUAUGUACUGCAAAUGUGAAGCAAAUUCUAAUUGUCAGCGUAGAGAGUAUACCGGGCACACAGUCUCCGACCUUCGAGCGACGUACGAGACGAGACGUAUCGAUUAUGCAUCUCAACGCGUGUUGGCUUACACAGCGCGACGUGAGGAAUCCCGGUCUUUCAGGUGAUCAAGUUACCUGGUCGAAGGAUGCACGUCAAAGGCGGCACGAGGACAAUCUGUGCGCGUGGCUGAGCUUGGACGAGGCGAGUUACGAGGAAGAUGCGCGGCUGAAGACCGAGGAGCCGGAGGAGGAGGACGAGAAGGAGCGUGACGAACGAGCUCCAGGGAUGUCUACGGUGUCGAUCAAUAAGCUGCAAGUUCUAUGGGACCACUUCAUCCACGCCGAGCCCCAGAGUUACGAGAAAUCGUCCUGGCUUGAUAUAUUUCUAGCGGAGUUGCUCGCGCAAAUUAAAGAGGGCAAAGACGUGAAGGAUGUUCUGUCUUGUUGUUCGGUCGGCGUUGGCGGUGUGUCGACCCUCGUGGCCUGCGAAUUGCUCUCGGACGUGCACGAGUUGUGCGGGAACAGGAACGACGGCGGCGAGCUGAUCGGACUGCGAAAGUACCUGGUCCAGGAUCGCGGCUGGCGUUAUCUGGCGGUGCUGCAUCUGCUGGGUGUACGCGGUCUGUCCUGCGGUCGCGAACUGGUCGCGCUGCUGGUCGCUCUCUAUCAAGUCGCGUUCCAAGAAGGGGCCGAUUCGGGCGCCGACCUUACCACCGCGUCGCAAAAGUCCGACGGCAGGUCGUCGACACGUAACCAGUAUAUAAGAUUUCACUGUAACGACAACACUGUCGACACGGUGAAUAUCGUGCUGCAUGCGAAACGCAAGAGCGCUAAAAGCUCCGGCCGCAGGCGUCUCUCCCACGAGGGCGGCGAUACACCGUCGCGCAGGCGAUUCGCGCGCCGACAUGCCGUCGGCGCGGCGAGGAUCCAUCAGACCGCCGGUCACAGGCAGAAGCAACCGUCGUCGGUUCUGGAAGCGAGACGCAACACGCCGGAGGACGAGACGAGCAGCGAGUGCGAGCCGUCGACGGACGGCGUCGAUCCGGCGCGUUCUCUCACGCUGAAGAUCCGCCUGAAUCCGAUGGACUUUGAAUACUUCACGUCGAUCGUCAGGAGCGACGAGGAGCAGAAGUGGCAGGCCGAGCUGUACGAGCUGCCGCCUCGUCCCGUGAGGAAAACGCCGCGCGAUUACAUCGACGAGAGGAUCCGCGACGUGCUGGACGCCGAUAUCAGCAACUUCGAGAUUAGUUUGCUGAUCGUACAGCUGCUGCAGGGCUUGCGCGACUACGAUACGCCCGCCGAGCAAACGCCCGCCGUGCAGGUCCUGAAAUUCGCCCUGGACACGCUAUGGUCGCUGCAGUUCGGCAUAGACGGCAGCGGUUUGAAUGGCACGGAAAGCGCGACCCUGAAGGCAGCGGCUGCCAGGCUGAUGCUGACGGCUCUGGAGCGCGCUUUAAGGGCCGACGAGCCUACCACGGCGGUGAUUCACAACGGCCUGCUGCCGAUGACCCUCAGAUUGCUGGAGAACGCCUGCGGCAAGCCGGUGAACGCGCUGGAGCCGGAGGAGGGCUCGCUGCUGCAGGAAUUCAUCUUCGCUACCAUCUACGGGAUCGUCACGUUUCUCUAUUGUCUGCUGCACCAACGUGGCGGCAGCGUCGACAAGCUGUCGGAUUUCCUCGAGCUGUUUCGGCUGUUCGUCGAGAGUCAGGACGGCAGGCUCGUCGAGAGGACGAUAUUCGCGAUCGUCGAUCUGCCCAGCGUUGACCCGACGAGGUCGAUAGCGCGGGCCGAGAAGAUAAUCGACAUAAUAGGCGCGCUGACCAGCGGACUGAAGCGCGUCCGUCGCGACCUCUCGCAUGCCACACAGUGCCACAGGACCAAGCACAAAUCUUGCAUCGACCACGUUCAGAGUCACCACCACUCGGACGUGCUCGGGGCGCCGUACUCCCAGUCUAUCGUCGGCGUGGCCGACAAACAGGCGUGCUGCGUCUCCUCGUUGUUCGCGACGCUCACGAGCCUGCUAAAGGAAUCUCAUCUAUUCGCGAGCGAGCUGCAGGUGAAACUGAUCGGAAUAAUCACCGCCGCGGGCACGUGCUGUUGCCUCCCGCCCAAGACACUCCUCUCGAGCGUUGUCGCCUGCCUCCGGAAACGCGACCCCUCGACGUACGCGCCAGCCGUCGCGUUCCUGGAGCGUACUCUCUUCAGAGAACUGGGCGCUUACUCGACGACGGAUACGUGCGACACUUGCGACAGACCGGUUAAUUAUUCGUGGAACUUUCUGGAGUUGUACAUCGAUUUGCUGAGCCCUGACGAUCCGAGACUCUGUUACAUCGUCAUGGCGCAUCUGCUGAAGGUCACACCCGGCUCCCGCUUUCACGUCAGGGAGCAACUGCUCUUCAGAGUCUUCUACCCGACUUUCCUGCGCGCGAAAGCGCGCUACACAGCCGAUAAAGGCAACGCGACGGCGAGGUUCCUCCUGCAGUCUAGCAUGUCCGUUAUAUCGUGUUUGAUCGUGAAUCUGAAGAUGUGCGAGAAAUUCAUGGAGACAAACGGACUGCACGAGAUACUGUCUCUAAUAGCGGACGCGGCAUUCACCAGGAGCGUUUACGCUCUACUUGAAGUCACCGUGACUGUAGAGAUCUGGAGGGUUUGUAAGGAACUCAACGGUACGGAGAGCAUUGAGGCGCCGGCUACCAAGUUCCUCUUUGAGACCCUCGACAGAGAAACGAACGGAUUGCUCGCCAGCUUGCAGUGCCUCAAGGAACUGCGAGUGGACCAGCAGGGCGAGAAGGAGCUGCCCGAUGUGCGUUCUGACUAUCAAAGCGCUGAGUUGUCUGCUCUGAAAGAUUCGAGGCCGCAGACCGCUGAGGUGGCGGCUGAAGGUCUCGAUGAUACAACUCUACCGCAACUGCCUGAAAGUGAUAUUCAUCGCGAACAACCAGAGAGCAAGACUGACACGACAAAUGCCGCAGCGAUUCCCAAUUCGUUCGAGAAGUCUCACUUUGUUAUCGAGGAACCUGCCGAAGUGUGCGACGAUGCGCCGUACAACAGGUGCGGCCUGCAUCAAGCUAGUGCAGCGUGGAGGGCCGCCGCGGGAGUAGCGCUGUGCAGCCCGAAAUUCCGCACUGAGCUGUCGGCGCACUCGGUAUCCAGGAGAUCGUUGCGUUUGUUCAAGUUGCUAACUGUGGGCAUCGCCACGGACAGUAUUGAAGAUAAGCCGGCGCACAAGCUCUUCGAGGCCCUGAUUACGUGCUGCCUGAUAUCUCCGUUGUAUGAUUGCGAUAUUGUCAUGGAGUUAGCAAAGACGCUGAUGAGCACCGGAAUAACCCUCGGCCGUGGAGUAGCUGUGAUAGUGGACGCGAUGUUGAAGGUCUCUAUGCUGAAGCCGGCGCAGGAAAACAGCAUACAGCAACAAUCGCGUCCCAGACUACCAACCGUGUCGUUGGAGACUCUACCGGAUUACGGCGCGGAAGACAGCAGUACCGGCGAAUAUGUGACCGCUGACGAUGGAUACGAAGCGGACAUUGAAGUGCCUGGGAAAAAUACCAACAACAACGCCCCCAAGAAAAGCAGCAGCCCUCUUGGACCUGUGAUAGAGCCGAGGGGUCACGCCAAUGCGCAUCCUGCUCUGUGUUCAUUGGCAAUAGACCUUUUAAUUCAUUUCAGCGAACAGGGCUUAGAUUUCGAGAGAGGAUCGAUAAUAACUGGUGGAUUACGAAGGGUCACUCUCACUUGCCGAGAAAGUGUCUCGAGUUGUGCCGCCCUCGCGGCCUCGGGAACCAUUAUGAAGAUACUGAAUGGUUUUAAAGGUGUAUUUACGGAUAACGAUCCGCGAUAUCGAGACCUGCAGCACGCGGCGUUGGAAGUUUUCACAUUAUUGGCGACACAGUCAAUCUCACCGACGGAGUUAGUUGCGUAUCUGUCGUUUUUCAAAGUGAAGAAACCGCCGCUGUUGCCCUUGCUGGAGCCAUUGUAUCACUUGGUGCUGGCCGCGCGGCCUCAGCCAAAUUUCAUCCUGUCGUUCCCCGCGCAAUACGACGUGAAGACGUCGCCGAAGAUCCAGACGGAGGAGCAUAAGAAUUUGGAGAAAGCUGAGAACCUCGUGAACAAUUUUCGAAAGAAGCAUCUUGCCGCGGGAAUUUGCAGUCCAUGGUCCGUGCAUGCAACGUGCCUGCCCGUCGGGCCGGAACUUGCUUGGUCGGUGUGGCUGCACGGUUGCUCCGCUUCAAUGUGGUUGAGGAUAGAAAGGGGACUAUCAGUCGGCGGACGUACGACUGCUCAUAGCACUUCUCCGUUGCUUAAUUCGGAUAGCGAGAGUCUGUCAGACUGGGGCAUUCUUUCUGAUGAUUGGAGUCGGGACGAUGAAAUAUCGAUACUUGUUCCAGUCGUGGCAGGUUCUGUGUCGCCACCCAUGCCAACGUCAAUAAUACAUUUGAUGUCCAUUGGAUUCGAGUCGUUGGUUUUGGAAACCUGGCUCGAUCUGAGAUCAGAUAAAUUAAUCUUACGACUCACUCGACCGGACGAUAAGAUAAACCGAACGAUCUCCGAAACUUCGAUAAACGGCAUGCUUCCUUCGGGAUGCUGGCAUCAUUUGACGUUAAACAUUAAAGAUACUGUCUUGAAUAAGCGCAGUGCUGUGGUUGAAGUUACGCUCUGGGUGGACGGUUGGAAAGAGGUCAAUGCUCAAUUACCGUUUGACGGUUUACUGGUGAGAAAGCCUGGUACUACGUGUAUUUUGUUAGGUCAAAUUGGCUCGAGCAGUAUUGGCGCUUGGUACCUUGGGAAUUUAAUGAUUUUCAGAUGUCCAGUAUUUACGAAAGAGCGUGCAUUGCAUCUGGCUGGUCUCGGGCCGAACUACACCAACUUGGCGGAUUGUAUUUUAAACACUGUGAAACCUGACUUUGCACCCCUCAUUGCGUCCGGCGCAUUGAAUGGCGUUCGUGAAGUCAGAUACGAAGGAGGUAAAUUUGAUUUGAGCCGGCGAAAAUCGUACGGUGGCACUUUUCUGAGGCACGCCGUCGAGACGGUGGUAUCAGAAUCGAAAAUCGACUGGGACGUCGUUAUGGACGUGACAAACUCGCAUCUUGGGGAACUGCAAGAUAAUUUGCUUCUCAGUUACGAGGCUCAAAAUCCUAACGUCCUACACUUGUAUCCUCAAGCUGUCGCUAAUCCUGCUGUUGUUGUGAGAAGUAUCUUUCCGGGCCAACCAGGUUUCAGAGUAGUUUCGGUCCCGGAGCACAAAGUAUCGCAGCAACCGCCUCUAUCGAUAUCUCCGAUUGUAUCUACUCGCUUAGAGAGCCAGCAAUAUCGAGGCCUCGUACCCGCGGCAAUUCUAGUGGGCGGUGUACCAGUGUUUUCAUAUCUUUUUGCGAGAGUGGUCGAAUUAAGCUCCACCGAGGAAGAACAAGCCCUGGCUCUGUCCAUAAUCCUGCAUCUUGUCCGCAGUGAUUCAGAACUUCUGAACCAAUACCGAUCGGACGGCGGGACGUCACUGAUUCUGCGUGUUCUAGAAUCGUCUAGGUGCCACGCAGGGAGACACAUUCUAAAGGCGAUACUGGACGCGGCAUGCGACAGCUCCAUCAUUAUCAAAGAUAUCGGCAGCGGUAACCAUUCAGUCUCACAGAAUUGCGAAGCCGUCAUCAUAGACCCGGGGCUGAUCAAAGGCGCUCUUACCGCGUGGAGAGCGUGGGUUAAAUACGACACGUUGAAUUUACUGUUGCAAGCGUUACUACUCUUAUUGCGAGACCAACAUUCGCAUCGUGAAUUCAACGCGUCGCAGUUAAACAGGGUCGGUGUCGUGGAUACGAUUCUUACUUUGUGUAAGGAACACUUUAUGUACGAAAUGCACGAAGAGGAGAAUACCGUGUUGGAUUCGAAUACCGGAAUUGCCAUUGUAGAACUGAUGCGCGCCUUAAUGGGUGCACCGCCCGAAUUUGCUCAUUUGGUCGCCAUCACCGAUUACCUGGUCCUCGUUCAUCAAGCCUCAGAGACUUACGUCACUCACUCGCGACAUAAUAUCUAUUUUAUGCUGCCACAACUCAAGGAGAGGAAUACGAGCUCGAGAAGGAGCGAUACUGCCAUUUCCGACGACUCGAUAGGCAUGGUGGAGAACAGCAAACUGAACAAGGCGUUAACAAACGAGCAGAUUCAAAAAACGCGAAGUCCUAAGAAGAAGGACCGCAAAAACGUGCUGUCGUCGGAUAAUACUAGUGCGGGAGAAGAUUCCGGAAUUGCGGGUAGCGACGGAUCCAAUCCUCAAAGCAAUGAAAGGCAAUCGACAUACGCGGAUGAAAGGAGAGCCUGUCAGGGCUUAGUCUGCGAGGGGCUGUUACUAUUGUUGAGAGAUGCUGUAAGAGUAUUGCCAGACUGCCAAGUUGGAUUAGUGCUGAAGCACGUUUUGAGAGCUGAACUGCUGUUAGUUUUAGCCAAUGAUCCUGAUAAUCGCGUACGCACAGCACUGAUCAAGGUGAUACAAACCUACCUGCAACGCGCUAGCGAUGAGGAAGUUAAUAAGUUUAUAAAACAGAAGUAUUUCAUGCAUUUAGGAAAUCAGAUAGCUUUGUAUCCCGGAAGCGAGUCGCUGAUUGUCGCUUUAGAAAACUUAGCUCUACGAGGACCAACGCUAGCGGCGAUGCCGCCGUUAAUGGCGAUGAUUGCAAAGGCCGCAGGCUCUGAUUCAAACGUUGUCAGGCCAAUAAUAUCGUUUGUCACUGACAUAAUAGCAAAGAACACGAGUGCGCUGAGAGUGCUGCUGGAGCAAGGUCUGAUCGAGUCGAUGGCACAAGCCCUGGUCGCGAUCGCGCAUAAAGGUACCUCGUCUUCCCUUCACCGGGACAUUCACGUACUGUUCGUAGCGAUCGCGACCAAGCUUCUAGAAUUACCGGGAAAUCAUCAGAUGCAGGCGGUGCUAGAUCUACACAUGAUACUCGAUUACAUGGAACUGUCGGAGAAGUUACGAUGCCGCGUGAGCUCGACUUGCACGGCCGUAAGAGACGCCCAAGUUGCGCUAUUCGACGGAGAGUUGGACCUGCUCACGACUAAAAUGUCGAAUCCUUCGGGAUUCCGUCUACGCAGCACGGCUUCCUACUUGGCCUCAGCGUCUUACUUUACCUCGGUUCUCACGACAUCCAGCGAGCAGAGCGAUCACGGGUCCCGUUCGUCUAGUUACGCAAACUUUCACACGAACUCGCCCCCGGUGCUACGCGAGCCUAGUAAAGGAGAAUUGAACGAUCGUUUUCGCAUUAUCGUGACACGUGCAUGUGAAUUUAUAAUGGCCGCCGACGCGUCGCCGUCCGUCAACGAAUUGCAGCUAACGAGAAGGCUGUUUUCCAUUCUUCUGCACGGCCUGUGUAGCCCGCUGGAGAAGAAAAAUCACUGGGGUAACACGUGGUCCGUCAGAUCCGCCUUAAGGAAGUACACGGCCAGAAUUAUGGUAUGGUUGCUGGAACCGCAUCAGAGUAUCAAUACGAGAAUAUACGCCAUCAGAUCUCUAAUGGAAGAGCCAAGAGCUCGUGAAAUCUUGUCGUGUAUUCUGGAAGUUCACCCACAGAUGGAGCAAAAGUUUACCGUGUUCUUCUGGGACCUGUUGCAAAAGCGGGACGAGAUGCCGAGUGCCGACGCUAGGGUGUGUGCAGAGUUGAGAGAGGCCCUGCGCGUAUGGAACCUCGCCAAAGGGAUAGAACAAGCUAGUCCCGAAGUGUGGAAUGACGAGUUAGCCUUGCUACGUCGAGAUCUGCUCCCAGAUCAAGAUAUUUGUAUCGACAAUUAUCCCGCGAUUUUAAGAAUCGGCAAGAGGUUCGACACGUUGGCGAAGCAGCUAACCGAAAGCGCCAUGACUAUAACGCGUUCGGUUGUGGAAGAGCAAAACCGCGAGCGUAAAGUAUUGAUGGAGCAGCUGAAACACACGCGAGCAUUGGAGGCUCAGGCGGUGGCCAGAUGGAGAGACAUAGCCAAGCGACUAACACACGAACGGGCGCCGUGGCACUUUCCCGAGAGCUAUCCGAAAAAUUGGGAGUUGGAUCCAACUGAGGGUCCGGCUAGAGUCAGAAUAAGACUUCAGAGGUGUCACCUGAAUAUUGACAAGAAAUUCGUUUUGCCUGAAUAUCAAGAUGGUUUAGCGUCUUCUAAUGCCGAAAUGCCUUUAUCGUACUUAUUUACGAGCGCUCGUGAGGACACCAAUACUGCGGCUCUAAUCGAACGGUUGCACACGAGUGAGAAAAUACGUAAGAUGUCGCAGGCGAAAGUAGUUACACCCAGGGCCGAAUUAGCCGGGGAAGUCCUUAUUGGCGAGACGUGCGUGUAUUUCGUUCCGGACAAUCCCGAUAUGCCAUUACAUACGGACAUAGCAUUGGGUGGUUUCGAUUUGGCUGUGGCCGGUGGUACUGCUUGGCGUCUCGAGGACAUUCGAGAAUUGCACAGAAGAAGAUACCAAUUGCAGGAGAGAGCCAUCGAAAUCUUUCUCAUUACUGGUAGAACGUACCUGCUGGCAUUCAACUCGGCCAAGGAAAGGGACGAAUUCACGACGGAGCUGUCCGCUUGCAAUUUACCCAGGCGAAUCCCCGGCGACGACUUGGGAGAGGCUCUAGCCUUGUGGAGGAGUGGGGCGCUCACUAAUUGGGAAUACAUAACUUGCUUGAACAAACUGGCAGGUCGCUCGUACAACGACUUGAUGCAAUAUCCCGUAUUCCCGUUUGUCCUGGCAGAUUACGUCAGUGAGAAGAUCGACUUGAAUAACCCGAAAAUUUAUCGGAAUUUUAAACGACCGAUGGCUGUGCAAGAUAAAAAGAACGAGCAACACUACAUAAAUAAUUAUAAUUAUUUGAAACAAACUUUAACAGAAGGAUUUAAUCUAAUUGCCUUAAAUCAAGGACCAUUCCAUUAUGGCUCUCAUUAUAGUAAUUCUGGAACUGUAUUACACUUUUUGGUACGGCUUCCACCGUUUACUAGCAUGUUCCUUUGUUAUCAAGAUAACAAUUUUGAUAUUCCCGACCGAACAUUUCAUGCAUUGGCUACCACAUGGAGAUUAACUAGCUGCGAUUCAACGACGGACGUGAAGGAAUUGAUACCCGAAUUUUUCUAUUUGCCUGAGUUUUUAUUAAACUUUGAGGGAUUCAAUUUCGGUGUUCGACAAAAUGGUAACAAAGUCGGAGACGUUGAAUUGCCGAAGUGGUGCGGCGGCGACGCACGUCUAUUUAUCUUGGCGCACAGAGCCGCGCUGGAAUCUGACAUUGUGAGGGAAGUAUUGCCAUAUUGGAUCGAUCUCGUCUUUGGAUUCAGACAGACCGGGAGACCGGCAAUAGAGGCCAUAAAUGUCUUUCACCCGGCGACCUAUUACGGAUUCGACGUAGAGCAGAUAACCGAUCCCUUGGAGCGCCAGGCCUGGGAAACCAUGGUACGAACUUAUGGCCAAACGCCCGCGCAAUUAUUCAGAGCUCCUCAUCCGUUGAUUCAAAAUCUCGGCAAUAUAACGCUGUCUAAUCAGACGCCGCAGGUUAUCGAAGGGAUCGAUGGUAUAAAAUGGGGAAACUACGUGGGCGCGCCUGGCAACGAACCUGUGUUGUGUUGGAAACUUAAACACAAAACUCCGCUAGCUUCUCUAGUUCCUCUAGCGACCGGUGACGUUUUCGGUUUGCCUAAUCACACCACGCUUCUCCUCGGUUAUACCAAGGAAAAAGGUAGCAGCAUGUUGAGCGGUAUGUCUGUAUUGGGUGUCGCAUUAGCGUCGUGGAGCGGCACAGAUGGAAUUGCUAGAUUAAAAUGUAAGAAGGAACAGCCGCCAAAGCCUCUAAUUAAAUCUUCAGGCCUCGAUCCCAUCACGACGUUGGCGUCUACUCCCGACUGCGGGCAGCUCUGGGUUGGACAUUUAUCAGGCAGAAUCACGGUGCAUGCGUACACCAUAGGGAGUACGGGUAAAAUCGAGUUCAGUUCAGCGUCCGCGACAGUACUUUUGGCUCACAGCAGUCGGGUGACGGUGAUAUCUCUGUCACGUACGUUUAGCGUCGCCUGUUCCGGCGAUGGCAGUGGCGUCAUUGUUAUUUGGGACUUGAACAGCCUAACGUACGUGAGGUCAAUAGUCCGUGACCAAGGUUACGCGAUACAUCUCCUGUGUAUUAGCGAGACGCUCGGGGAUGUAGCCGCUACUUGUGACAUUCCCAGGUCGGAGCACAACGCGAGCAACAAUCAGUCCGAAUUAACGGUGCAUACUGUAAACGCGAGGGCCGUGGGCUCCAUUUUAUCGAGAAGACGCGUAACGGCACUCUGUUAUAGCAACGCACCGGAGGGUGUUUCGGUCAAUGUCGUCGCAACCGGCCUAGACAACGGAAUAAUAAGAUUGUGGAGCAGUUGGGACCUGCAGUUAGUCAGGGAAAUUUCAAGUAACGCGAGAGGUUGCGGCGCGAUAAUCGCCGUGGCGUGGCCUCUGGAUCAGCAUCAUUUGUACGCGGUCACGGAGGACUCCACCGUGCUCAUUUGGGAGGGGUCUAAGCGUCUCAGCAACGGCACUCCGAAAUUCGUCAACUUGACGUCGUACUAAUCUGUAGAAUCAUCAUCCCAACCAUUUAAACGGGAAGAAAUGGCGUACCCAUUGGGACGAGAGCUUAUAUAUAAAGAAAGAGAGCUGGAUUGGAAGCAUAAACACGAGAUUAUUUUCUACAUUACGGUUGUAAUGUUUAUGCUAACGUUCAGCUUCCUUGUAGCAUUUCUUAAUAUGAUUUCCUGAUGUGUAAUUGGAGCUUCUACUUCGUUCCGCGUUAUUAUGUAAGAAACAAUGUAUUCGUCUCGGCUAAUCGCAUUUAUCCUCUCCCUCUCUCUUUAUUUUUACCCCUAGUUGUAAUCAUGACAACGUAUUGAAGAAGAAAGUGAACAAUAUGCCGAAGUAUUAUUUUUAUCGAUUCUCCCGAUAUAAUACGAGUGUACACCCGUAAUUAUAUAUUUUGCAUUAUAUUUUUAUAUAAAUUUUUCUAUGGAUCAUGCAUUCGUAUAGAUUGUACAUCUCAUUGGUCAGUGCUAUAAUUUAUACAUAUAAAUUUUUAUAGGGUAAUUACAUAAUGCAACAUAAUACACGACAGACGCGUUUGUACGAACGAACGUUUCUCCAAUGUUUGCAUUCCUCUCGCUGAUACCACUAUGCAAAUGUAUGUAUAUAUGUAUAUGUAUAUCGAAUAAAUCUUCACUGCAUUAGG